GUCACAUGACCAGCCCGACUAGUUACACCAGAAGUUGGGACAGGAAAGUCUGGAAAAUUCCAGCCAGGUUUUUCUACAUUAUCUCGGGAAUUUGAACGGAAAAGAACAUGGGAUGUGACGGAGGAACAAUCCCAAAGAGGGAUGAGCUCGUUAGGAUGAAGAAAAAGCCAGAACAGAAAGACAAGAAUGCAGACAUGGUGGCAAAAUGGCAGCACUGUGCGCUCAGCCAGGAGCCACUGCGGCCGCCCAUCAUGGCCUGUGAGAUGGGCCAUCUCUACAACAAGGAGGCCCUUCUGGAAGCUCUGCUGGACAAGUCAGGAAACCCCAACAUUCAGCACAUUCGCGGGCUGAAGGAUGUGAAGGAACUGCAGCUGACGGAAAACCCAGCACGGAAGAAUGGCAAGCCCGACAGUGGUGAUGCAUAUGCAGACCACCAGGCAGCAAAGUACAUCUGCCCAGUGGUGGGACUGGAGAUGAGUGGUCGUUACCAGUUCUGUUUCCUGUGGGGCUGUGGCUGUGCGUUCUCUGAACGAGCGCUGAAGGAGGUCCAGACUAAGACAUGUCACAAAUGUGGGGCUGCCUUCAGUCAAGAGGACGUGGUGACCUUGAACCCAGCUGAAGAUGACCUUCCUCAGGCAAAGGAACGCAUGGAGCAGCGUAGGCUGAAGGCCAAGGCUGACAAGAAAGCCAAAAAACAGAAGAGAAGUGCAGCAGAGACUGUAUCCAAGGCACCAGCUGAGGCUUCCUCCAGUAGUAGUUCCUCACCAGACGGACCAUCAUCCAGCAAACUGACCAACGGAGCAUCGUCCAGUUCCACAGACGGACCACCUCCCAGCAAGCUGACCAAACUGACCAAUGGUGCAUCAUCUUCCAGAGUGGACAAAUCCAGAGGAGGCACCAAACCAAAUGGAGCACACAAAGGGAAGGCAUCAAGUAUUUACCAUGAUCCCAACAGGAGUGAGGUGUUCAAGUCCCUCUUCACAUCCCAUCAUAAUGCUAAGGAGAGGGUGGUACAUUGUGCCAGCUGGGUCAACAAGAGUAUCUAGGGUGCGUGUGACUGUGAUGGGAACUUUACUGUCACAUCCCUUCCUUUAAAACAAGCAGAGGAAAGUGUACAAAAAUGUAUAUUGAUUUCGAUCGUAUGAUAGACCAAGAGAUAGCAUGAAAGUGAGGGGAUACUAGCUAGGGGUCUCAUUGAAUAAACAUGGACUAUGCUUGCUACAGCUACUGCACAACUUGAUUGCAAUAUAUUAAAGGUAUGUGUUUAGUAGACUUUAGUUGACACAGCCCUUUCAUUCUUGUCUAAUGUAUUCAGUUUUGAGUGCGCAUGAAUGAAGCAGAUACUGCUAUUCAUGUAUAGAUGGUAUAGUAUCUUGCUGUACAGUGUAAUUCAUUCAGAAGUAGCACAGCACUGUUGUCCGAUAAAAGGAAUCAAUGUAAAAUCUCCUUUAAUCUUGUCAUGUGUUCAGCAAAGUACUAAGAAGAUGGCUGUGAGUUGAUGACUUUUUAGUUUUGAGUUGAAAAACUUUACCUUAUGUGGUCAGCUAUUUUAAAAGUCUACUGUAUUUUUACACAACAAUAUCUGCAAGUAGUAAUCGGUGCAAUGUUUUUGUUAAUGUUACAUGGCUAUUCAUUAGCUUCUAAUCUCUAGAAUCUGAAGUACCUUGUAUAUAUAUAAGCUCAUGUUUGUUCUUUUUAUAAAUUAAUGUAUGUGUAGUACACUAAACAAAGCUGUACUUUUAUCAAC